AUGGUGUUCCCUUUGUUAAUAUUGUUUAUAAGUUUGAUUUACAAGGCGGACUCCCAAGUAUGUCCAGGGCCCGGCCAGUUUUUCUCGCCACCGAACUUAUGCCCUUACCCGGGCCAAAUAUUUCCCCAGCUCGUACCUCCGUGCCAGGAAAUUAUAAGGCCGGUUGAGUCCGUCAUAUCUCAGCCAUUGUACCCCGGAUCCCCUCCUGUGGCCACCACCAUCAUCGACAACACCGUCUCGAAUGCUUUAGCCAAUGCCAUCCAGCUUCUAAUUGUCAGCAAUCUUAUUGAAAACACAAUGAACACUGGAAUUUGUCCAGGAACUUUUUUGCCUUACUUUGACUCAAUUAUCAAACCUGCUCCUUGCAAUCCAAUAGAAUAUCCAACCCAAGUCGAGAUGGUCACUGUUAACCCUUGUGUAUGCGAAAGUCCUGUGAUAGAAACAGUGACCCCGAUAUACUACGACGCCAGUCCCUGCCCUAACUUCGCCCAGGAGGUCGUGCAAAUUCAGCCAUCCUCUCCAUCUUUUUGCUCCAUUCCAUCCACUGGCUUUCCUUGCUCCGAUUUCCUUGGACCUCCCAUCGCUCCUAUCGCCACCGAGGUCAUGUUUCCUUCCGCAAUACCUGCCCAAUUAACGUGUAACUUUGGCUAUAUGAACGCUAAUGUGCCGUGUGUCAGCGUAAACGUCGAACCCGCCCCGUAUGAACCAUGCUCGCAGUUUUGCAACGGACCAUUUUAUUAA